AUGGACCUCUUUGACAGAGCCAAAACAGUUCGUCUCAGGACGGUCCAAGAUAAAUUUCUUGUUGCAGAAGACGAUGAGGAAACCGUGUCCCAGAGUCGACACGAUUCAUCAAAAAAUUCGAUAUGGAACGUUGAGGUAAUAAUAGGAGGAAAAUAUUUACGCUUAAGAAGUUGCCAUGGCACAUACCUAACAGCCUCGGAUCAACUUUUCCCAGGAAUGAUUGCAAAAAAAGUUGUGCAAUCCGAGCUAAAAUCGAUUGAUAUGUCCAAGACAGAUUGGGAACCGGUGAGGGACGGAUUUCAGGUGCGGCUAAGGACACGAACAGGGAGCUUUUUAAAGCCAAAUGGAGGUGUUCCUCCAUGGAGAAACACGGUAACACAUGGCAUGCCUCAAACGUCUAGAACACAUGAAAAGGUUUUAUGGAGCGUUGAUGUCGUGGAGGCGCUUCCUGGACCUCAUCGAAGAAGCCACUCAGCGGAUAAUAAAUCUCCAUCAGGUUGUUGUGAUGAUAGAAAGAGUGCACUGAGGGAGUCACAUAGAUUUACUACAACAGAGGAUUUGUAG